AUGUCAGGCUCGUUUCUCCCAUUAAAAAGAGCGUAUUAUGCAUUUAAAAUAGAAGGGGACGAGAAGGUAUUUGGUGAAAAUAGUCGAGAGAGUGUUGUUAAUGGGAUAGUAGAAUAUUUUAAAAAGACGUUUAAGGCGUAUCCGAUGGUGAGGUGGUUUUGGAUGGUGGAGUACUCGGGGGGAUAUUUUGGGUUUCAGACUAUUUUUUCGUGUAAAAAAGCGUAUUGUUUGUCAUUGAAACGCAGUUUUGAAUUGUAUGGGGUUCUUUUGGAGUUGAAGGAUUUUACUGAGAAGCCGAAGGCGAUUCCAUUCAAUACGAUUGUAAAGAAAUACAUAGAGUUUUGUAUAAAUAAUGGCGUGAAGUAUUAUUUAGAAGAUGACACAGGUGUGUUGAUGAAGUAUGAGGACAAACUCAAACUUCAAAAGGAAUGUCAACCCAUUUCAGUUGUGACAAAAAGUAGCAAAGAAGAAAAUUUACUUCCAAAAGAUGACCACCAAGAAAAAGAAGUGCAAACGGAAAAGAAACAAGUGAAAUCGACGAGAAAGAAAACAAAGAAAGAAGAAAUAGUUAAAGAUAUAGAAAAAGAUAUUAAAAAGAAUGAAACAGUGGUGGGCGAUUGGAAUACAACAAUUGAAGGAACUGUUCUCGACGAUAAAAAUCACGAAAAAAAUGAAAGAAUGACAACAGCAGAAAAUGGUGAAAAAAAAGACGAAAAACAAAACGAAGACAUCAAAAGGAAAAGAGACGGCCAAUCACAGAAAAAAAGAAUUCCAAAAAGAACACAAACAAACGUCAAGACGUCAAAAGAAGAAAAGGAAGUGACGACUUCCGAAGAGAUUGAGAUCAAAAACACCAAAAAGAACAAAGAGAAAAGGUUAGAAAUUCAAUGGAAUUGUAACAAUGAAGAAGUCCGACUUUUGCGACAGAAGAUUUUUCGAAUCAAAAGAGGAGAAGGCGAUGAUUUAAUAAUUUUAGUUGGAAGAGACAAACAAGAAGAGCUCAUUUAUUUACUUUGCAAUUAUUUAGAAAAGAAUUGCUGUGUCAUCGCGUCGGGCUUUUUGAGAGAUGAGGAGACGACAGAGAAGUAUCGACUUCGGAUUGGAGCAAAUGGGUAUUAUCAAACAAAAUGGGAGCAACUACGAAGGGAUACGACAGUGAAAGACGUCAUUGUAGUUCAAGAAGAGGUUUAUCAAUAUAUUCCAGACAUCAGUGAAGGGUUAGACGUCGUUCUUUUGAAUAAAGGAGAAGCUCAUUAUUUAAAAGGAAUCGGAGAGUAUUUAAUAACACAAGAGAUCGAUGUUAUAACUAAUGAACAUGUCCUCGAUGUCGAUGAUCAACUUGAAAAAAGCCAAAGCUUAUUGGAAAGUGGAUUCGGGACUGUACCUCUCGUUAUCGAAAUCACUAAUAACGAUAUACAGGACCAAAGUCAUCUCGUCAAUCUCGAUGUUAUUCCUCAUAACAUCCCAAAACCGUUUUCGGAUGACGUGUCUAUAAUCGAUUUUUGA